UGCGAUUUAAUCAUAUUUAAGAGAAUACUUAUAAAAAUCGGAAGGACCAAAGAUCGGGAGGGUAAAAACUUGGAGAAGAAAUUAAAAAGAUAAAAUUGCACGAAGGUGUUUCUAUUUUCUCCCAUCUUUCGGACAGGAAAAGUAGUAAAACGAAAGAGAGAGAGAAAACAGAGCGCGAAGCGUAGAAAAGGAGAGAGAAAGAAUUCUCAGGCAAAAAAGGGUUUCCAGCUCUAUCUCUGAAACGUUUCUCGAUCUGUGCUUGCUUCGCAUUCAAGAAGUUGUAUUCUUCGCUCUAUUUUGAUCUGUAACACCUGGUUUUGGCAUUGGUAGCGGAACGAGGAUUCGCGAAGGAGGAAGCAAUUGCAGUAUGAGCAUCAAUAGCCCCGGCAAAGGGGAGAAUUAGGGUUCGACAACACACAGGCGUAAAGCUCUGCAGUUCCAUGGGCGAUGGGGGUGUUGCAUGCGUGUCUUUGCAGCCAAUUAUGGAGAAGUUUCCAGGUUCUGAGACAUUUUGCGGGGGUGGUAGUAGUAAUAGCAAUGGAAAGUUGGAGACGAAAUCGAUCAAGAGAACUACAACUAAAAGAAUGAAACUGAAGAGAGAUGCUUUCUUCAAGAAGGAAGAGCCAGAGAAGAAAGAACUGAUAUCUGAGAAAGUGAAGAGCAGUGGGGAAGUCGAAAAUGGGACAGUUGAAGGUGACAAGUUGCAGAAAGAAGAGGUUGAAGAAGGGGAGUUGGGCACGCUAAAAUCUCCGAAAAAUGAGGCGGAGAAUGGCGAAUUGAUGCCUGAUAAAUCAUACAAGACUGAAACUGAAAAAGGUGGAAUUUCUACUGGUAAGUGGAGGAAAGAUGAAGGGGAUAGAGGGGAGAUUUCUCCGGCCAAAUGGAGAAAGGGAGAGGCGGAGAGGCAUGAAUGCAGCUCAGGCAGAUUGCGGGGUGACCUUGUUCAGAGAAGGGAUCGAACUCCAGAGAAGUACAGGAAAGGGGAGUAUGAGAAGGCAGAAUUUGGUUCGUGGAGAGGGUCUAAAGAUGAAGUUGAGAAAGGUGAAUUUAUUCCCGAAAGAUGGCAUAAAGGAGAUGCUUACAGGGAAGAGUACGGUUACUCCAAAGGCCGAAGGCAUGAUUCAAGUAGAGAGCGAGAACGGAGGUAUGAACGUGACUGGACGCCACCUUCUAUGAGGUAUUCAGCUGAGGAUGUAUCUCCAGUCAGAGAUUUCAGUAGAAGUGCAAAUAAUCGUUACUUGAAGAGAACUGCAAGGUGGGAAGUCAACCAAGAAAGGAGCUACCCGAAAAUGAGUGCAAAAAUUAUGGAUGAGUUGAACUAUAAGAACGAGUACAGCCAUGGUAGGAGCCAAGGAAGAGAACACUCAUCUGGUGCAAGAAUGAAACGGCAUGGCACUGACUCAGAAAGCAGCGAUCGUAAGCUCUAUGAUGAUCAUGGAGAUUAUGUUAGUUCAAAAAGCAGAAGAUUAUCAAAUUCAGAGCAUUAUAUGCGUCAGUCUGCUGAUAAGUCAUUUAGAAUUUCAAAUCCAUCCAGAGCUGUUUCUGAUAGGCUUUCAUCGCGCCAUUAUGACAAUGCAUCUACUAGAGCGGUUUAUGACAGGCAGAGGCGUAGCCCUAGUUAUUCUGAGAGGUCUCCACAUGAGAGAGGCCGGCAUCAUGAUCAUAGGGAUCGCACUCCUGCUCGUCACGAGAGGUCUCCAUGUUAUCGUGGUCAUCGCCAUGAGAAUAGAAAUAGAAGCCCCAGCUAUGUAGAGAAGUCUCCUAGUGACCGGGUUAGGGUAUAUGAACGUCAGGAAAAGUCUCCAAGUUACUCGGGUUCCCCCCAUGAUCGCAUUAGGCCAUUUAAUAAUCGCCAAACUAGCAGGAGUGAAGUCGCUGAGACUAAUCAGGAUGAUAGGGUACAGGAAAAAAAGCCGACUGAGAUUAUUCGUAAUGAUAAAGUUUCAACAAUCUCAGCUAAAGACCCUCUAGUUAUAAAUGAUAUGCAGAAUGGAGCAGUUGACAAAGGCAUCUCGCAUGAGACGCAUGUUAAAGAUGAGUACCAAGGUCCUUGCUUGGAGGACAAGGAACAGCAGUUACUGGUUGAUGGAACUAUUGAAGAAUUGCCAUCAAUGGAAGAAGACAUGGAUAUAUGUGACACACCACCACAUGUCCCAUGUGUGGCUACUGUGAACCCAGGGAAGUGGUACUACCUUGAUCAUCUUGGGGAGGAGCGUGGUCCUUCUAGAUUAUGCGACUUAAAAGCACUUAUAGAAGAAGGAAUACUUAUGUCUGAUCACCUGGUUAAGCACUCUGACAGCGACAGGUGGGAGACUGUUGAAAAUGCAGCUUCACCAGUUGUAACUGCUAAUUUUACAACCAUUUUUUCAGAGACGGUUACCCAGCUGGUGAGCCCUCCUGAGGCUCCUGGAAAUCUGCUCGCGGAUGUUGUAGAUGCAGAGCAUUCUGUGGACCAGGUUGGUAUCGAGAGCUUAGACUCUUCUGUUCUGGGUGUGACGGGUGACGAUGACCUUCUUGAUGAUCGUGGCAUCGAUGUAAGAGUUGGUGCUCUCUUAGAUGGCUUCACUGUGUUACCUGGAAAGGAACUCGAAAUUGUUGGAGAAGUACUGCAAAUGACAUUUGAUCAUUCAGAGUGGGAGAGAUUUGGAAUAUCGGAAGGUUUUAUGCAAGAUCAUUCAGGCAGUCAAGAACCUUUUGAGCAGAGUCAAGAGGAGGAUAUGUCAAGAUAUCUGGAGACUACACUAAAGGACUCUGAAUGCACAUCUACUGCUGGCCUUGAUAAGGAAUGUUCUUUUCUCUUGAAUGAAUAUACUGAAUGGUUUUCUGGCCGAUGGUCAUGUAAAGGUGGGGACUGGCAACGAAAUGAAGAAGCUGUUCAAGACAAAUUUUUCAGGAAAAAAAUAGUGCUUAAUGAUGGUUACCCUCUCUGUCAGAUGUCAAAAUCUGGGUAUGAGGACCCGCGAUGGCCAAGGAAAGAUGACUUGUACUACCCUUGUCAAAGCAAGAGGCUUGAUCUUCCAUCAUGGGCAUUUUCCUGUCCUGAUGAGAGGAAUGAUUCCAGUAUUGUCAACAAACAAGGUCAAGCAAAACCUGUUGUUGUAAGAGGGGUUAAAGGAAGUAUGAUGCCAGUGAUCAGAAUCAAUGCAUGUGUUGUUAAAGAUCAUGGUUCAUCUGUCUCCGACACUAGGUUGAAACCAAGAGGAAAAGAGAAAUACUCUUUGAAGGGCACUAAGCAUUACUCUUUGUCCAAUGAUGUGAAAAAAUCAUCUGAAGAAGAUGCUUUUCAUUCCAAAAGCUUCAAGGAACAAAACUCUGAAGAGUCGUGGAAACCUAGUAUUAUUAGUAAACCAAAAGACCGGCUCUGCACAGUGAAUGACUUACAGUUGCACCUAGGUGAAUGGUAUUACCUUGAUGGCACAGGGCAUGAAAGGGGGCCAUUUUCAUGCUCUGUGCUGCUUAAGUUAGUGGAUGAAGGUUCUUUGAAGAAGCAAAGCAGUGUGUUCCGCAAAAUAGACAAAGUCUGGGUUCCAGUUACAUCUGUAAUAAAGGCCUCUGAGAAUGGUGGCAAACUCGUCGGAGAUAAUAUUGUACCUGUUGGUGAAUUAUCUGAAACACCUUCUGUGCAUGGUGGUAGCAGUUCAAUUUCCAGUUCAUUCCAUCACUUGCAUCCCCACUUCAUUGGUUAUACACUAGGGAAGCUUCAUGAACUAGUUAUGAAAUCCUACAAGAGUCGUGAGUUCGCUGCUGCUAUAAAUGAGGUCCUAGAUCCAUGGAUUAAUUCUAGACAGCCAAGGAAGGAAAUGGAGAAGCAUAGAAGUUCAAUCUAUGUGCAAAAGGCACCCAUGGGUCUGGCUUUCUCAGAGAAUGAAGUAUCUAUGCUUCCUGAAGAAGACAUGCAUACUAAAAAAAGAUGUAGGACACUAAUUGAUGGAGUUGAUGAAGAUUAUGAAAUGAUCGAAGGCGUACCAGCUCUUUCGUGCAGAGAGCCUUCAUUUGAGGACUUAUGUAGCAAUGUUGCGUUUUGCAAAGAAGAUAAUAAUUGUCAUAAAACUGAGGUUGGGAGUUGGGGUCUACUCGAUGGUCACAUUUUGGCUCGGAUUUUUCAUUUUCUCAGAACUGAUAUCAAAUCUUUAGUGUUUGCUUCUACAACUUGCAAGCACUGGCGAGCUGCUGUUGGUUUCUACAAAAAUGUGACUGUACGGGUCGAUUUGUCAACUAUGGGUUCCAAGUGCUCUGACUCUAUUGUUGGGAAUGUUAUGAGUGGGUAUAAUAGGCAAAUGAUUAAGGUGUUGGUUCUAGAUGGUUGUAUCAAUGUUACCUCUACUGUGCUUGAGGAGAUUCUGUCGUCCUUUUCUCUUAUAUCCUGUGUUGACAUAAGAGGCUGCAGUCAGUUUGAGGAGCUAAUAAUUAAAUUUCCCCAUGUAAACUGGGUUGAAGGGCGAAGUUCACAUGGGAUGAGAACUGUGGAGGAAACAAAUUUGAAGAUGAGGAGUUUGAAACAGAUGCCUGAGCAAUCUCUGUCGGUUUCUAAAUUAGGUCAUGGGAGUUAUAUGGAGGAGUCCAGUGGGCUAAAAGAUUACUUUGAUAUGGUGGAGAAAAGAGGUGCCGCUAAUCAAGCAUUUAGGCAGAACCUAUAUAAGCGUACAAAACUACUUGAUGCUCGGAAAUCUGCAUCAGUUCUUGCCCGUGAUGCCCGUAUGAAACAUUUGGCAAUGAAGAAGGCUGGAAAUGGGUACCGAAGAAUGGAGGAGUUUCUUGUGCUUAGCUUAAAGGAUAUAAUGAAGGGGAACUCGUCUGACUACUUUGUGCUGAAGGUUGCAGAAAUUGAGAACAGAGUUAAGAGUGGUUAUUAUGCUCGUCGUGGGUUGACCUCUGCUAAACAAGAUAUCAUUAAGAUGUGCAGGGAGGCGAUAAAAAUACAAAAGCGAGGAGAUGGAGGUGACAUGGAGCAUGUGAUUCCUCUGUUUAUCAAACUUGGAACACGUCUUGAUGAGACCUUUUCAGCUUUUGAUAGAGAUGAGAUGGUGAAGAAACAGAGAGAUGAAACCAGUGGGUCCUCUGGGUUAAAAAAGUCUAAAACAGUCAUUGAGAAAAAAUACACGAGUCGGGCCAAUGGUACAUCCUUCGGUAACGGGGGUCUUGAUUAUUUGGAAUGCUCAUCUGACCGGGAGAUGAGAAAGAACCUUUCAAGAAUGAAUAAGAAGAAAGACUUGGAAGGUGAAUCAUCUGAUGAGUUUGAGUUAUCGUCAGAUGAUGGUGGAAGUGAUACUGGAAGUGUCUCAGACACUGAAAGUGAUUCAGAUGUCCGGUCAGCUGUUACUUUCGAGUCAAAAGAGGAAUAUUUUGCCGCAGAGGAGGUUUUUGAUUUGACUCCUGAGGACCGCGAAUGGGGUGCUCGUAUGACAAAGGCCAGUCUUGUACCUCCUGUGACACGGAAAUAUGAAGUUAUUGACCGAUAUGUUAUUGUAGCUGAUGAGGAUGAAGUGCAGCGGAAGAUGCAGGUUUCAUUGCCUGACGAUUAUGAGGAUAAAGUUAAAGCUCAGAAAAAUGGCUCUGAUGAGGUGGAUAUGGAGAUUCCUGAAGUUAAAGAAUAUAAACCACGAAAACAGCUCGGACAAGAAGUCAUAGAACAAGAGGUGUACGGCGUUGAUCCUUAUACACACAAUCUUCUACUUGAUUCUAUGCCUGAGGAUGUGGAUUGGACCAUCACAGAAAAGCAUGUUUUCGUUGAAGAGAUGAUCCUUAGGGUACUGAAUAAACAAGUUAGGCAGUACACAGGCAGUGGAAGUACGCCCAUGACGUACCCCUUGAAACCUGUCAUAGAGGAAAUUCUAGGAAUAGCUAAGCAAGAUAAUAAUACGAGAAAUCUAAAGCUGUGUGAGGCUAUUCUUCAAGCCAUUGACAGUCGCCCUGAGGAUAAUUAUGUUGCUUAUAGAAAGGGGCUUGGUGUUGUAUGCAACAAAGAAGAUGGUUUCACUGAAGACGAUUUUGUCGUUGAAUUCCUUGGGGAGGUUUACCCUGCUUGGAAAUGGUUUGAGAAGCAAGAUGGCAUCCGUUCUCUCCAGAAGAAUAGUAAAGAACCUGCCCCCGAGUUUUACAACAUAUAUCUAGAGAGGCCCAAGGGUGAUGCUGAUGGCUAUGAUUUAGUCGUUGUUGAUGCAAUGCAUAAGGCGAAUUAUGCAAGUCGGAUUUGUCAUUCAUGCCGACCUAAUUGUGAAGCAAAAGUUACUGCUGUAAGCGGUCAGUAUCAGAUUGGAAUCUAUUCUGUUCGUCCAAUUGGUUUUGGUGAGGAAGUCACCUUUGACUAUAAUUCAGUCACUGAGAGCAAGGAGGAAUAUGAAGCUUCUGUUUGUUUGUGCGGUAGUCAAGUUUGCCGUGGAAGCUAUUUGAAUCUGACAGGCGAAGGGGCAUUUCAGAAGGUGCUCAAAGAGUGGCACGGACUGUUGGAUAAGCACCAUUUGCUACUGGAGGCAUGCGAAUUGAAUUGGGUUUCCGAAGAGGAUUAUAUUGAUUUAGGAAGGGCCGGUUUAGGAAGUUGCUUGUUGGGUGAUUUGCCUGAUUGGCUUAUUGCAUACUCAGCUCGGCUGGUACGGUUUAUUAAUUUUGAGAGAACAAAGUUGCCUGAGGAGAUCUUGAGGCAUAAUUUGGAAGAGAAGAAGAAAUAUUGUGCAGAAAUAUCUCUUGAGAUGGAGAAGAGUGAUGCUGAAGUGCAGGCGGAAGGAGUCUACAACCAGAGACUUCAGAAUCUUGCUCUUACACUGGAUAAGGUUAGGUAUGUGCUAAGAUGCGUAUUUGGAAAGCCAAAAAAAGCUCCUCCGCCGCUGCAGAAGCUUAGUCCUGAGGAGAUGGUCUCUGUCUUGUGGAAUGGUGAAGGUUCUCUGGUUGAGCAACUUCUCGAAUGCAUAACUCCACACAUCAUCGAUGAUCGAAUACUACAGGACCUUAGGUCUAAGAUACGCACUCGAGAUCCUUUGAACUCUGCAAAUAUUGAGAAAGACCUCAGGAGAUCUUUGUUAUGGUUGAGAGAUGAGGUCCGCAAUCUUCCUUGUACAUACAAGAGCCGUCAUGAUGCUGCUGCUGAUGUGAUCCACAUAUACGCUUACACAAAAUCUUUAUUCAAAAAAAGGGAAUAUAACACUGUAACUUCACCUCCUGUUUACAUUAGCCCUCUUGAUUUAGGACCUAAGUGUGCUGAUAAACUGUCAGGGAUGACAGAGUAUUGCAAGACUUAUGGUGAAAAUUACUGUUUAGGACAGUUGAUUUAUUGGCACAACCAGGCCAACGCUGACCCAGAUCGCGUGCUAGAGCGAGCAAGCAGGGGCUGUUUGUCAUUGCCUGAUAUUGGUUCCUUUUAUGCCAAGGCUCAAAAGCCUUCAAGGCAGCGUGUUUAUGGUCCAAGGACUGUAAGAUUUAUGCUUGCUCGAAUGGAAAAGCAGCCGCAAAGACCGUGGCCUAAGGAUAGGAUAUGGUCGUUCCAGUGUUCUUCAAAAUUUUUUGGUAGUCCUAUGUUAGAUGCUGUAUUGAAUAAUUCUCCACUAGAGCGGGAAAUGGUGAUUUGGUUGAAGAAUAGACCUGCCAUAUUCCAGGCCAUGUGGGAUCGGUGAACUUCGACCGUUCGACAGUGCUAAUUUAAUUCUUAUUUUCUUGAAAGGUGUCCAAUUAUUAGUUCGGAGCUGCCUCUCCCAUAGGUGGUCAUCAUCUGUUGCUGCCUGCGUCAUCAUCUUCAUUCUUGUGUACAGUCUUUUUCUUCCAUUUUGCUUUUGUAAUUUGUAAGUCAAUUUAGGUCAUAGAAAAAUUUUCCCGUUGCUCUUUUAUGUAAGGUAUAGUAAAAAUGAAACGCAUAAUUUUAGUCGAUAGAAGCUGAAUGUUCAGACUAAUAUGAUAUAGCAGUUCCUCUUGUGAUUAA